GUAGGCGAAUUCCGGUAUGAAAAACUUCAAGUGAGCAGAAGGCACCGCGGAUAUCGCUGUGAAGUUUUGUUUGAAGUUUAUUGAAGAAAUACGAAAGCACAAUGUUUUGGACUUCUGUCUUGUCAUUUAAAUUCAAUCCGAAUAGAAUUUACAAUCCAGGUCCAACUAAGUUUUGGAGAAGAAGAAAAGUUUUUCGUUUGAGUGCUGCAUUCUUUGGGCGCAGAAGGAAUUGCUGGCGCCUCGCUAUCCAGGGUGUUAAUAAGAGUAUGCUGCAUGCAGCGUGUGGACGCAAGCAGAGGAGUCGUGAUUUAAUGAAGCUUCAUGCUCAACGUGUUUUUAGUGGAGCGGAAGAAAUUGGAAUGCACAUGGCAGUUUAUAGAAAAGGCCUUGAAUGCUCUAAGGUUUGUCUUAGCAAUCGCAGUCUUUCUGACUUAGCAAUAUGGGAACCACGAACAUUCAAAGCCCUUGGGCAUUUUGCAUGGAAUAAUUAUGCUGCUCAAGGCUUUGGUGACAUUCGAAAGCUGGGAAAUCCACCUGAAGGUGUUUUCCUUCGUGGAUUACAAAACCCCAAGAAAAUGUAAUUUUUUUCGUGUUACUUGUUUAUAACGUUAGUUAAGUUUGUCUAGCUUGUCCUAUGCCCAUUUUGUAAAUAUUGCUUAAUAAACUGAGAAGUAUCAAAUCAA